UCUUCGUCAAACAACCGUGACGAUCUUGAUAUGACCGUGUUUUUCCGCAUGAUGCGUUUGUGCCCCGCCCACCCCAGGACAGGUUUGUUCAGGUUUGUUCAGGUGCUCGCAGCUCAUCUGACAUUUCCCACACAAAGGGUUUACCCGUGAAGACACAUCAAGUUUGAGCUUUUUCUAUAAUGACCGCGUUGAGUCCAUCGCCCCAACCUCAGAAUAAUACCUGGUUUGUGGCUUCCCAAUCUACUUGGAUCCAAAAUGGAGUUGUCCCAGAAUGGUUCUACUGGAGAAUUAGCAGGAAGGCUGCGGAAGAACUUCUGACACCCAAGCCUCCAGGCUCCUUCCUCAUCAGAAUCAGCGAGAGCCGAGUUGGCUACACGCUCUCAUAUCGUGCUGAGGGCUUCUUCAGACAUUUCAUGAUUGAAGCCAAGCAGGACGGCACUUGCGCCAUUGUGGGUGAGAAACGGGAUCACCCCAGUUUGCAACACCUAGUGGACUUUCACCGAAAGGUCCCCAUCGCGGCCCACAACGAAUUGCUGACUUUCUCUUGUGCACAGAUCCCAAAUCCAGAGAACAAACACAGCGGGAACAAUCCUGUGCAGUCCAGCAAGAGUCUCAAAGUAUCAAAAGGACAUCAAGAUGAUCAAAAGAACGAUGUUAAUCUCAGCCAAACACAACCAAUCAUGCCCAUCCCAAAGACCAGGAAGCGAUAUAUCACUGACAACAAACCUCUCAAGACUCCUUCAGAGAAUUCGCCCACACCUCCCAACACAGAGAAGGCCCCCGCUCCCACCGUUGAACACCAGGAUGAGACGAACCCAAAGAGGAAUGGAUCUUUCAAGACUGAGGAGCUGCAAGACAUGAGCUGGGAGCAGUUGUUCGACGUCGCGCUCUCCGCUUACAACGACGAAGGCGAGAGCCUACCGCUGGAGUAUUCGCCACCUCCUCCUUUUGCUCCUGGUUACCAAGCAAAAGAAGCGUGAAGGAGAAAACGCACCAAUGGGAUUGUUUCUCAGCAAGAACCCUACUAAUGUGAAUGCACAAUCCAUCUAUGCAUCCAUUUUCCAUACCAGCAAUUCUCAGUGUGUUAUGAAUAUCAUAUGUGUGCUUCCUCUAGUGGUGUGGGAAAGAAUCACUGCUUUUGUACAGUAUUUGCAUUUAAUCUUUAAGAACUUUCCAUUGUUAAACAUUUGAACCAUUUUAUUUAAAGUGUUUAUGAUGUGAAUAAACAUGAUUUCGAUUUUUUCCCACCUUCAAUAUAACUGUAAUUUACACUUAUGCAUGUUACACUGACCCACAAUGAUAUUAAAUGUACGUUUUCCAUUAAAA